CAGUUUCAAAGCUGAAGGUGGUAUGCUCAGUCGUACCACUUUUUUACAAAAUUAUCCAAGUGGUUCCGGAAUUUACGCGCCAUACGAGUUUUUAUCACGACACUUCAAUGCUUAUUCGGAAAACCCAGCAAAGUUUGUCGAAUAGCGAACAACCUUUAACGGAAGUGACACCAAAAGACUGAUGUGCAAUAGCGUCUUCACUUUACUCAAAGUUUCUGUGAUCUCUUAAGCAGUAUUCGUAGGAUUAUUAAAAUUAAAAGCAAGAAGGCGUUCUCCGAGAUCCGUCAGUGCCGUCAUGGAUUUUACCAAAGAAAAUGUGAACCCUAAUCCUAGGGACAAAACAAAUCCGUUGGGUGUUAUAUUCUUCACGUACACUAUAGGUAUGUUCAAAAAAGGCUACAGCAAAAGACUGGACGUUGAAGAUUUAUAUAACCCCACCGAUAGCGAUAGAAGUCAAUUGCUGGGCGAUCGAAUGGAAAGGGAGUGGACCAGAUCAUAUGAAAAGGCGAAACGCAAAAACAAAAAGGCCAGUUUAUUGAAAGUCAUUCUGAAGACAUUUUGGCCCGAAUACACCAUCCUAGGUAUUAUUUUAGUGCUUAUGCAGGCGUUCACAUUAGUCCAGCCUAUGAUGCUGGGCAAUCUGCUUAAAUAUUUCAGACCUGUGCCGUUAAUAGAAAAGAACGAAGCUUUAAUUUAUGCCGGCGCCAUCGCAUUGAUUACAUUGUUAAAUGCCAUACUAAUGAACCAAUAUGUAAUGUGCGCUUUUCAUUAUGGAAUGAGGAUUAGGGCUUCGUCGUGUGCCCUGAUCUACAGAAAGGCAUUGAGACUCAGCAAGACAGCUUUGGGAGACACGGCUUCCGGAAAACUGGUGAAUCUUCUUUCGAAUGAUGUCAGCAGAUUCGAUAUGGUAACCAUAUUCAUUCAUCACAUGUGGGUGGCACCCCUGCUUACCCUUAUUAUCCUCUACUUCAUGUAUAUAGAAGCCGGUUAUGCUGGCGUGAUCGGGAUCGCAGCAGUGUUCAUAAUCGUGCCUCUUCAAGGUUAUACGGGGAAAUUGUCCGCCGUUUAUAGGAAAGCUACAGCGUUGAAAACCGACGAAAGAGUGCGUCUUAUGGAUGAAAUAAUAUCUGGUAUUCAGGUGAUCAAGAUGUACGCCUGGGAAAAACCGUUCGCUAAGUUAAUUAGGCUCGCCAGGAAGGCUGAAAUAAAAGUGAUUACCAAAAGCUCCUACGUCAGGGGAAUAUACAUGACUUUCAAUUUGUUUACAACCAGGUUGUCGCUGUUUUGUACGCUAUUAACAUUAGCGUUGACUGAUAAACCUAUCACAGCUUCCACGGUAUUCGUCGUUAUGUCGUACUUGAACGUAGUUUCGCAAACCAUGUCGCAAAUGUUUGUCAGAGGGAUAUCCGAAAUAGCCGAGCUCAUAGUAGCGGUAAAACGACUAGAAGGCAUAAUGUUAUCCGAAGAGUACUGCUCGCUGACAGAUUCCCAGUCGAAUAAUAACGGAAACGUCUAUCGUGCCAUACAAGAAAAAUACCAUUUGAGUAUCCAAGACUUAACGGUAAAGUGGAGCGCCAAUUCUUCAGAAAACGCGUUGGAAAAUAUCAACAUAAACGUUCCUAGGGGAGAGUUGCUGGGAGUUAUCGGGCCUGUGGGAAGCGGCAAGAGUUCACUUCUACAAACCAUUCUCGGUGAAUUAGAGUUAGUAUCAGGCAAAAUCGACGUAAACGGAACCAUAUCUUACGCAUCUCAAGAGGCAUGGGUAUUUGCGGCCACUGUCCGUCAGAAUAUACUCUUUGGUUCGGAAUACGACAAAACGAGAUAUAACGAUGUAGUAAAAGUAUGCGCACUGGAAAAAGACUUCGAGCAAUUCCCUCACGGAGAUCUAACGUUGGUAGGGGACAGAGGUGCAUCGUUGAGCGGCGGUCAGAAAGCUAGGAUCAAUCUAGCUCGCGCUAUUUACAGACAGGCGGAUAUUUAUUUGCUGGACGACCCUCUGUCUGCAGUCGAUAUUCACGUUUCAAAGCACCUGUACGACCUCUGUAUCAACGGAUAUCUUAGUAACAAAACCAGGAUACUUGUUACCCAUCAGGUCCAUCAUCUAAAAGAUGCCGACAACAUCAUCAUAUUGAAUAAUGGGCGGAUCGAAAACGAAGGAAACUUCCAGAAACUGUCCCAGAGCGACAACCUCUAUGCCAAACUUCUAACUGCUGAGCAAGAACAGCAAACGGACGAGGAAAAACAAAAGCAACAACUGACGGACAGUGGGAAACAGCGCAGCAGGAAAAUGUCUGCGAGAAGCAUAAAAUCCUUAGCUAGCGCGAUGAGUGAACUCAGCAUUCCAGAAGCAGUUUUGGCCGAAGGUGAGGAUGAAACCGACGACGAAGCGGAGCAGAACCAAGCAAACGCCAGGGAGAUGCAAGAAGAGUCGUCAAAGGGUAAAGUCAAAGGAAACCUCCUGCUUAAGUACAUGUUUGCGGGCAGCAACGGGUUCUUCAUCUUGAUCGUCCUUUUGCUUUACCUUCUGGCCCAGGCCGCCGCUAGCGGUGUGGACUACUUCGUCACCUUUUGGACUAAAAUAGAAGAAGAAAAAUUGGUUAAUGUCACAGUGGAACCUUUGACAAAUCCAUUUAAUGCUUACUACUGGGAUCGCGAGUUGUUUUUAAUGAUCUACGGUGGUUUGAUCAUUUCUGUUUUCAUCAUUGCAUUACUGAGAUCACUAUUGUUUUACAAGCUGUCGAUGAUGAGCUCUCAGAAGUUGCACGACUCUAUAUUUGAGAGUAUGAUCAGCGCGACAAUGAGAUUUUUCGAUACGAACCCAGGAGGCAGGAUUUUGAACAGGUUUUCUAAGGAUAUCGGGUCAGUGGACGAGUUGCUCCCCAAAGCCGUUUUAGAUGCUGCGCAGAUUAUUCUCAUGGGUGCUGGGUCAAUCGUCUUAAUCACCGUGGUCAAUCCAAUGUUCUUAGUAGUAGUUUUAGUGGUCGGAAUCAUAUCCCUCGGAUGGAGGCACAUUUUCCUGAAGAGUUCAAAGAACAUUAAACGUCUUGAAGGAAUCAUGCGAAGUCCGGCAUUCACUCACUUGAAUGCCACACUCCAGGGUCUAACUACCAUCCGCGCAUUCGGCGCCCAAGAUAUCCUUCGCGACGAAUUCGACAAGCACCAGGAUGGACAUACCAGUGCUUGGUUCAUGUACAUCGCUGCCAGCUCGGCUUUCGGCUUUUACAUGGACGCUCUCUGUUUCUGUUUCGUCACUAUCAUCACGUUUAGUUUCCUCACUUUCGGAGAAGGUAUGGGCUUAAGUGGCGGUGAAGUCGGACUGGCCAUCACCCAAUCAAUGGCUCUGACAGGUAUGUUGCAAUGGGGUCUGAGGCAAUCAGCCGAAGUAGCCAAUCAGCUCAUGUCAGUGGAGAGGGUGCUGGAAUACAAACAAUUGCCUCGUGAAAAACAGCCGGAAGUGCCAAAAAUACCACCGAAAUCAUGGCCUGACCGGGGCCAAAUUGAGUUUGCGAGUAUGGGACUUAAGUACGACGAGAAUGGUCCUUUGGUGAUCAAGAUGCUGAAUUUGGAUAUUGCUGCUAGGGAAAAGGUCGGCAUUGUAGGCAGAACGGGUGCUGGCAAAUCGUCCCUAAUAUCCGCACUCUUUCGGUUAGCGAACAUCGAAGGUCAAAUUAAAAUUGACGGCAUCGAUACCAAAGAAUUGGGUUUGGAAGCGCUGCGUUCGAAAAUCUCAAUCAUUCCUCAAGAUCCGGUGCUGUUUUCGGGAACCUUGAGAUACAACUUGGAUCCGUUCGAAGAGUACACGGAUGAGGCAUUGUACAGAGCUAUAGAAGAGGUGGAGUUGAAAGAUCCCUCAAAUAUCAUUAAUAGAUUGGAGAACAGGGUCAUGGAUAAGGGUACAAAUUACAGCGUGGGCCAGAGACAGUUGAUCUGUUUGGCACGCGCCAUCCUCAGGAACAACAAAAUUUUGGUGCUGGAUGAGGCGACGGCGAAUGUUGAUCCUCAAACGGAUGCCCUAAUCCAGAAAACUAUACGCAAGAAAUUCGCCGACUGCACAGUUAUGACUGUAGCGCACAGACUGAACACCAUCAUGGAUUCAGACAAAGUUCUGGUUAUGGAUGCUGGAACGCUGGCGGAAUUCGACCACCCCCAUGUGCUUCUCCAAAAUCCAGAGAGUAUAUUCUCCAAUAUGGUGAACGGUACCGGCAAAACGCUAUCUGAACAACUUCGCAAGAUCGCCAAAGAUAGUUUCCAGAGGCAGAACUCACUUCCCGAGUAAAAUACACUUCCAAAUUGGCGCGUGCUGGCUACUUACACAGGCCGAGUCAGACUUUUCGACAGGUCUGAGCAAUAGUUACAGAAACAUACUCCUUUAUGUUGUUGUUUUAUUAAUUUUAUUUAUUGUUUUUUUUUAUUCCACCAACCAGUGUUUAUUUUGUCGUUUUAUAUUCAUCCAUAUUUGUGUUUGUUGUCGUAUUAGGCAUUUGGAGCAAUCCAACGUCUUUAAGCAUUUCUUUACAAUCAAUAGAAUAUAUCAUCAUAGACCUUUCACAUCAAUCUUAAUUGAACAUCUGGAAAAUUAUUUUAAGUACUACAAAAAUGUUUUAUUAAGGGCACCUAAUUUUACCACCUUGUGAUGUGAUUAUGUAAUGUUUGCUUAAAUAAUUAUUAGUAACAAAUAAUUUUUGGAAGGUGCUAAUUAGAUAUUUUAUAUGCGUCUUGUAUAUAUUAUAUUUGUAUUUUUUUAUAAUAAAUAGGA